AUGGCGUCCGUGGUUGCACAAAAGGGUGUUAAAGCAGAGGGCGAGGACGAGGUCGUUGAAGUGAAGUCAGAGUCAGAGGGUGAAGACAAGGUCGUUCGAGCAGAGGCAGACGUCGUUCGAGGGCGGGUCGUGCGUGCGGUGGUUUUGCCGUGCGGGGCGAAAGGCAACUUCAAAGGCGAGGUCUACGAGUUUGCCGAGCCUGUGCAAGCCGAAGACGGGCUGUCGACACCGGGUUUUUUCUUCUGGUUGUUUCGGUGGCUGGUCGAUUUCCUUGGUGGAAAUCAGAUCCCCAACUUCGGGGGGCGAUCGCGAGCCACUCUGCUUGGCCGAACGGCCAGCCUGUUGGCCGAUGGUCUUUCAUCGUCGUCGGAGGAGGAGGAGGGCGAGAAGAAGGGGUCGUUCGAUGGCGGGAUCGUCAAGGAGGAGGACGAGGAGGAGGAGGAGGAGGAGAGAAGAAGCACGAUGAGGGUUGAUGACGAGGACGUUGAGAUGGAGGUCAAGGACGACGACGAGGAGCUGGAGGCGGUGGACGUUCCUGGAGACUCCGUCGACGAGGCAAAGGCUCCCCGGUUGAGGGGCGACUUUGCUUUGUCGUCGUUCGCGAUGUUGGUCUGGAUGUCAAAGCUCAUGGUCUCGGGGCCUCGGGCCGGCUCCCGAUGGAUGCUGGACUCUGCGGAACUGAAAGGUCGCUGCCGGGCCUUUCUCCAAGGUCUUUCGGACACGUUUUGGCAGAACGUCCAGGGCGACGUGUUUCAGGUCGUGCGGGGCGAGCUGGCCGUGGAUGUUCUGACGGCCGCCGAAGGCAAGCUGGCCGCCAAGAUCUUCAACAAGAAGAAGACGGUGUCGGUCGUGGCGGCCAUGGCCACCCUGCAGGGGGACGUCUCUCGUCGUUCGCUCUCGGCGGAUCGCAGACGGCUCGCGGAGAAGCUCUUCAGCCGUCUGCUGCAGUCGCUGGCCAAGGCCAUCGACGACUCUCGCGGCCAGGACAUCUGGACGGCCAGCAAAGUGGAGUCUCUCGAGCAGCUGAGGACGGCCCGGGGCUACCGGAAGGUGUCGCACGGGUGCCAAGAGGCCGUGCUCGAAGCUGGGCGGUCGGCAGGACCUUCGGUGGCGGCAGCCUUGGCAGCACAGGGCCACUUCAGUGGCAAGGCUGCGGCGGCUGGCGGCAAGGAGGUUCGACGAAACAAAGAGAGACCAGGCAAGUUUCUGGAGGCCGAGCGUCUCUCUUACGUGGCAGCUGGCAGGGCCUCUUUUGCUCAGACGACCGUGCUGAGUGUGGUGGCCGAUGCGGUGCACGUCGGAACAGAAGAUUGGCUCAACGUCUUCGUGUGUGACCCCGGGCAGAACUUGUCGUUCGUCUGCCCGCCGCAGGCCGUGAGGGAGGGCGGCUUGAAACCUUUUACUAGAGAGGGGACGGUCGUCACCAAGGAGGAGUGGGUGGACUUGUGGCAGGGCCGUCUCACGAGCUUCUUCAAGGCCGGCGGAGGCAGAGGGCGGGGUCGUGCGGCAAACAGAGAAACGGGAGGCACGAAGCAGCCUGAAAGGCUUGCCACCCAGGACUGGUUGAGGGACGUGUCCCACAGUCUCGGGGCGAUCGGCUGGGGCUGGUCGUCCUGUGGUCGUUCGGAGACCGCAGCAGCGGGAGCAAGGCCUGUCGCCAUGGUCUUCUGCACGGACCAGGAGGCCACCCAGUUGUCGGCCCUGUCCUACUUGAAGUUUAGCCGUUCGCUGCUGGUAGAGCACGUCAACGACCCUGCCCACAGGUCGCACAACGACGUUCACUUGGCUCUGGCAGCAGCAGGUCUCUUGACGUUCGGGCUCAUGUCGUUCGGGCUGUACAACGUCCGCUACGGCCCAUGGAACAAGGGCACGUGGUUCGGCAAAGUGCAGCAGACGGCGGACGAGAUGAGCCGUUCGAUGAGUGCAUCGGACCCUCUUCUGGUCACCUUCUUCCCCGACAUUUUGGCGGACGAGGGCCGUUCGCAGGAGGAGAACACCGUGGAACACCGUCGCUUGUUUCUGGAGUCGCUGCCAAACAGGUCGUUCGUUCGAGCCAAAGGGUCGAAGGCUUCGCCGUCGCGGUUUAACAGCCUGUCGAUCGCACAUGCGGAACUCGACCCGGAGUGGUCGUCGUUUUGCUUGGUGCUCGCCGUCUUGUGCAUCAACGAAGGGUGGGUCAAGAAGGCGUCGGACUUGUGGUCGCCCGAUGCCCCUGGCACUUCGGAGCAAGCUGCUACCACCAGGGCUGCCGCGAAGUCCGCAGCUCGCAAGGCCUUGGCUCAGCAGCGAAGCCGCACGGUGAACACUCUGCACUCGAUGACGACGUUCGCUUGCAAUGCCGACAACAGGUCUCUCGCCAGAACCGUGUUUUUCGUCUUGCAGCCCGAGGGCCUCAGGUGCUCGAAAAUGCUCGAGGAGCUGCGGUCUCCCGAGUCGACCGUGAGGUACUUCAGCGAGUGGGCGCACUGGGGCUACAUGGCCACAGCUAGGGAGCACGUGGGUCGCCUUUCGGACCUCGCCUUGCUCCAGCGUGUCGGGCUGGACAUGUCCAUGGACUCGCCCUUGCUUGCAGAAGCAGCUCUGGCCUGGCAGGACUGUGUGGCCCGUCGCCUCGCCAAGCUGACACAGCGACUGCUCCGCUACCGUUGUGGGAGUCAGCUGCCGUCCACCAACGGGUGGGGGGCAACCGCAGGCCUGCUUCACGACUCCAUAGCCUGCCGCCAAGCAAGUCUCCGGUUUUUGGACGAGGUGGACAAGGUCGUUCGGAAAGUCAAGGAGGAGGGCUCUCUGGAAGCUAAGUCGUUGCUCGAGGGUCACCCUGCAACAGCACCUCUGCUGGCCUUGGUUUUGGGAGAGCUGCGUGCCGGUGCGUUCGUGGAAGUCGACCCGGACACCCAGGACUUUCUGCGUCGGCUGUGGGCAGGCUUGCUCAACAGCAAGCUCGUCGAGGACGGGAACAAGGUCCAGCGAGAAGCGGAGCAACGAAACGGCUCAAACAAGACUUUGGGCCGGGUCGAAGGCUGGCACGGUCUCUCACGUUCGCUCGUCCUCAAGUCGUACGAGCGCCCGGAGGUGGCCACCGUGGGCAUGGCCGAACUUCCAGGCGGCUUUCAAGCGGAGGACUGGUUCGUUCGCCGCAAGCGUGUGCGGCAGGAGCAGGGCCAGUCGUCCACGGGAGCGGCCUCUUCGUCUUCGCGAGCAACCAGGGCAAGCGAGGAAGAGGACAUCUUCGUCGGCGUCAGCAGCACGAGAACCUGGGCCUCGCACACACCGGAGUCGCAGCAGGACAACCUGGCUUCCUUCUCCUUGCUGGCCAAGGUUGUUCGAGAGAAGAGGGAUUGGUCGUUCGUGGAAAAAGGCUGGUGGGCAUCGCUGCUGCCCGAGGGCUGUGGCCUGGCCUUUGAGGGGUGCCCGCCCUGCUUCGUCGUUCGCAGCUACAAGCGUGCUGCUUUGGUCUGGCCAGCAACGUUGGAGCCGCUCGGCGACGGCAGCGAGAGGCUCGUCCUGCAAGCCGACGUGGCCUCGCUGUGCUGGGUGCACACCUUCGACGACAACGUGGUCGUCUUGGACCUUGCGGCCACGUCGCCCCUUCGUGCCCUGUGA